GAAUGAUGAAGACGACUGACUUUGAUAAUCAGACUUAGUCAAACCUAGGACAGAGAAAUAUUCCCCAGCAGGACUAUAAAGCUAUAUAUAUAUGGACGAAGAACAGAAACAAGGCAACGUGAAAGCUCGAAUGGAAAAUCGGAAAUUUCGUUCAAAAUCUGUUGCCUCUAUGGAUCCCAGAAGUCCCUACUUUACAAGUAGCGGCCUCAAUCGAGCACCUAGUGUUGCCUGUGUGAUGGGGUGCUCCGGCCGUCUCCCAAACAAGCAGAGCAGCCGGCAGUCCGUUAGUUAUCUCGGGCUUGCAACCCAUGCAGCAGACCUAUGGGAACAAGAUGACGUCCCUGAAGGCAAUGGUCAAAUCCCCGGGCUUAACCUUUACCUGUCCCCUGAUGAUCCCAAAGCGGUUACUAUUCGCCAACACUACUAUCCGGAAGGCGGGUGGGGUUGGGUGGUAUGCGGGUGCGCCAUAGUAAUCCAAGCACUUAGUAUUGGAUUACUUUUUUCAUACGGUAUAUUUCUGUACCAGAUCAGAAAGCAGUUUGAUCCUGACGUCAAUACUUUAGCAGCAGUAUGUCUCGGAGCGCUCUCUACCGGUGUGGCUCUUCUUCUUUCUCCUGUUGUAGUGGCGAUCUGUCGGAAAAAGAGUACCCGCCUUAUAGCAAUUAUUGGAGGUCUUGUUACAGCCCUCGGCUACCUGUUUACGUCAUUUACUACUCAGUUCCAUCAGCUAUUCCUCAGUUAUGGUAUAGUAAUAAGUUGCGGUGUUAGUUUGACUAGAGAUGCGACUACACUGAUGGUUGGCCAGUACUUCAAAAGAAGGCGAUCGUUGGUGGAGAUCAUGGUCUCCUGUGGUACAGGCCUUGGAAUCAUGGUAAUGCCCAUUGUACUUAGUGAGAGUAUAAGAACUAUCGGUUGGAGGCUUGGGCUUCAGGCCAUAACGGGAAUCGUCUUCAUGUGUUUCUUGUUGGCCAUUUUCUACCGACCUGCAUCUCUUUACCACCCUCAAAGAAGAGCCAUUCUGCAUCUGAAGAGUCUACAGAAACGAUCUCGGGCUAAAGAUAAAAAAACACUUGUAGAGAAACCGCAUUUCUUUGAUUUUGGAGUUUUAAAAUCGAGAACAGUUCAAAUUUUAAUCUUUGGAACUAGUUUAACUGCAUUUGGAGUUCAUACACCCAUCAUUUUACUUACAUAUCAAGGAAAGACGGAAGGUUUAGACUACCAGUUGCUUCUUCUGCUACAAGUGUAUUUAGGCUUAGCUUUUAUCCUAGGCAGUGGGGCAUUUGGUCUCAUUGUUGUAAAGAAAAGCAUGCAGUGUAUGAUAGCACCCCAGUAUUUGUGUCAAGCCUCAUCGUUCAUGAUCAGCGUAUCUCUAGUCGCCUUUACUGCGCUUCAGCAUUACUACGGCUACGUUCUAUUUGUGUGGGUUUAUGGAAUUUUCUACGGAGGCUACUGUUACUCCCUCAAGAUGUACAUAUUUGACAAGGUGCGAGCCAGGAACUUUGCCAAAGCAUGGGGUUUUCUACAGUGCUGUCAAGCUAUUCCCCAUUUUGUUGGAAUUCCUUUAACAGGUUACCUAAAUGAGCUGUACGAUGGGAAAACGGGUUUUUAUUUUUCAGCAGCUUUUACGUUUAUUGGUAGUAUGUCAUUAUUUCUUAUUGAUCUUCAUAAACGUCGGACAAAGAAAGGGAAGAUGAGUGUGUUGAGUCACGCUAGGCGGCGUUCUGAUGCUUGCAUGAGUCGAACAUUUAGUCGAAGGUCACUGUCACAAGACUCUGUUUAUGGUAGAAACCCCCCUUUAACUCGUCUUCAACAGAGAAGCAUGACGGUCAGUAACUAUACGGAUCUUCGUAGGCAAGAGCUCACCUGUAUAUCUGAAGAGGCGAUGUUAGACAACAUCUGGGAAGAUUUUGUUGACGAAUGCAUUACAUCGUGUAACAAAGAAGAAAAAUAUCUUGUUCUGAGUGAGUAUGAACAAAAUCUGAAUAAAACACAAGAGAGUGCAGAUCAUGACAAAACUGGUAGAACACGUCGUAAAUCUUCUUUGGUGUCGUCUCCUACACUGGAUAGAUGUCCGAAAUGUAGAAGAUUUGUUUCAGCAUCAAUAGAUGGCGCCACAAACCAAGACCAAUCACACCAUAGUGGAUCAUUGGGGUUACGUCAAUUGCCGACACCUGUAGGUAGUGUAGACGUUAGCCAAGAAGCUACGUCAUCAUUAUGACGUGUUAUUAGGAUUCCUAUCUGCUCUGCAGAAACUGGUACAACAUAUUUCUAUUUAAUAGAAUGACAGUUCCACAUUAUUUAAAAUUAUUUUAUUCACAAACUAUGAAGGCAGCCAUGUUUGUUUCAUAUUACGUAACACAUUUUUGAUGUACAAUUCACAUUUAUUCAUUAAACAAUCACUUUUAGAACACUAGUUAUUAUAUUUCAUUUGUGAUCUCGAUAAAACUUGAAAUCCGAAAGGAUUAAAUAUGAUAAAAAAAAAGAAUAAGGUCUUUAGAAUUUGCCCUGAAGGGUUUUGAAUAGUAUUGGUAAUUACAUGGUAAUAAAUUUUAAUAAAUUGAUGUCGGUGAGCAUGCUUUCAUGGCUUGUGUACUGGUCUGUAUUAGAAUUUUAUCUUGAAUAUGAGGUUUACUAGAAAUUAUUAUGUGCUUUAAGGCAUUGUACAAAUUUCUCUGAUCUUAAAUAAACACUUGAACUGA